AUGUACAAAAUACUAAAGCGGAUUAUCCUGAACCGACUCAUUAAACAUCACGAGGGAACAAUUCGCGACGAGCAAGCUGGCUUUCGUCCUGGCCGAUCUACGACUGACCAGGUGUUCAUCGCCAGGAGAGUAAUCGAAACCCGGCAGCAACAUUCGAAGCCAAUGCAACUAGCUUUUCUAGACUUUGAAACCGGUUUCGACUCUCCUCAUCAAGGCCGUCUUCUCAACGCAUUCCCAGCCGAUUGA